AUGGACGGAAGGAGAGGACCGGACAAGAAGAUGUUUAUGUCUUCGUGUGGGAGCUUGUACGACAGCAACAACCUGCUAUUGCAAUACUGCAACAACGACGACACCAUGUCAGCGGGUAGCAACUUGGACAUGGAGGACCGCGUGUCUCACUUGGAGCAGAGGCUUCAGCUUCAGGAGGACGACAUCCAGCUUUUGAAGGCGGCGCUGGCCGACGCCCUGCGCCGCCUUGGCUGCUGCGAGGAGCAGAGUCUGGCCUCGCAGCAGCCUGGGUGCGGCAACUCCUCCGGGAGGAGGUCUCUGCCUGCCACGGCCCCACCCACCAAGGUGCGUCAGCUACUUCAAGCGCUCCCUUCCAAGCCGACGAGCAACGGAUACGUUCAACACAAACGCCUUCUCUCGUCACCGUCCUCGCCCAAGAAGGAUGUUCUGAACUCCAUCAAGAGGAAGAGCAUGUCAACAGAGCGCCUCACGUUGGUCAGGAGGGAAGCGGCGGCGGCUGAGAGUCGGAGUCGAACAACUUCGUCCAGCAGCUCGACAGGCGGGAAAAGCAAAUCCAAAGAAUGCACCUACAAUGCAGAGGACGGCUACGUGAGGAUGUUCCUGCGCGGCCGUCCAGUCACCAUGCAUGUACCCGAGCAGCAGAGGGACAGCUAUAGCCUGGACCACAAGGGGGCGCUACCCAACCGCAAACUCAAAUUGGAGUGGGUCUAUGGCUACCGCGGUCGCGACUGUCGCUCCAAUUUGUAUCUUUUGCCCACCGGGGAGAUUGUUUACUUCAACGCUUCCGUCGUGGUGUUGUACAACACCGACGAGCAGCAGCAGAGACACUACUUGGGACACAACGAUGAUGUCAAGUGCUUGAGUGUGCAUCCUGACAUGGUUACUAUAGCAACUGGACAAGUGGCAGGAAAUACUAAAGAUGGAAAGCUGCUUCCGCCUCACGUCCGCGUGUGGGACUCGGUGAGCCUGAACACGCUUCACGUACUCGGCCUGGGCGCGUUCGACCGAGCCGUCACCUGCGUGUCCUUUUCCAAAUCUAACGGCGGCAGUUUCCUGUGCGCCGUAGACGACGCCAACGACCACAUCUUGUCGGUGUGGAACUGGCAGAAGGAGAAGCGACUGGCUGAUGUCAAGUGUUCCAACGACUCCGUGUUGGGCGCCGUGUUUCACCCGAUGGACGCUGAGCUGAUCGUAACUUGUGGAAAGUCACAUCUUAACUUUUGGACUCUGGAAGGAAACACGCUGACAAAGAAACAAGGACUUUUUGAGAAACACGAGAAGCCAAAGUACGUGUUGUGUGUGGCUUUCGCCGAGAAUGGAGACGCUAUCACCGGAGACUCCAGUGGAAACAUUUACGUGUGGGCUAAAGGCGGCAAUCGCAUCAGCCAUGUCUGGGCGGGGGCUCACGAGGGCGGCAUCUUCUCCAUAUGCGUCUUGAAGGACGGGACCUUGGUGUCUGGGGGAGGGAAAGACCGCAAAGUGGCACUGUGGGACCGAGAAUACCGCAAGCAAGCGGACAUGGAGGUGGGUGAUGCUUUCGGUCCAGUGCGGGCUAUUGCGGAAGGCAAAGGGGGCCAACUCUUUAUCGGGACCACCAAAAACGCCAUCCUCAAAGCGGCUUUCCCUGAUACUCUGACACCCAUCAUACAGGGUCACACCGAUGAACUUUGGGGUCUGGCCGUGCAUUCGAGUCUGGAUCAGUUUGUCACCUGCUGUCAGGAUAAGCUAGUUCACCUGUGGGACACAAACUCCCACCAGCCUAUCUGGACCAAGACCAUUGAGGAUCCUGGAAGGUGUGCGGGAUUUCAUCCAAACGGAGAAGUUCUGGCCAUUGGCACUAUGACUGGAAGAUGGUUAGUGCUGGACACAGACACUCGUGACCUUGUGUCUAUGCACACAGACGGCAAUGAGAUCAUCUCCAAUGUGAAGUAUUCUCCAGAUGGCAACUUCCUGGCGGUGUCUUCACACGACAACUUUGUUUACAUCUACGCCGUAACGGAGAAUGGACGCAAGUACAGCCGCGUGGGAAAGUGUACCGGUCACUCCAGCUUUGUGACACAUGUGGACUGGUCCUCCGAUAGCGACUACCUAGUGACCAAUUCGGGAGACUACGAGAUCCUAUUCUGGGAGGCGCCCAGCGGCAAACAUGUGACCAACAUGGACACCGUGCGAAACCUCACCUGGGCCACGUCCACCUGCACGCUGAGCUUUACCACGUUUGGAAUUUGGCCGGACGGUGCCGACGGCACAGACAUCAACGGCGUAUGUCGGUCACACGACAACUCCCUGCUGGCGUCGGCUGACGACUUUGGCAAAGUGCACUUGCUUUCGUAUCCGUGCUCCCAGCCUCGGGCACCAGGCCACGAGUACGGCGGCCACAGCAGUCACGUGACCAACGUGGCUUUCCUGCAAGAUGACAGCCGUCUCAUCUCUACUGGAGGAAAAGACGCCAGCGUCCUUCAGUGGCUGCUUGUUUAG